AUGGAAGAAGUUGUUGGUUUAAAGCCGAACGAAUGGAAGAAACUCGCUAGUUUAAAGUCGAAUGGAAUGGAAGAAGCUUUCAACAAUCAUGAUGCAAAAAUGGAAGAAGCUACUACCGUAAAGUCGAACAAAAUGAAAGAAGCUUUCAAUAUAGAAG